AUGAGUUCUGGAGGCGAUGCGAAGCUGUUCGCCAGGGGCAAGGUCGCCGAGCUGCGACAGGAGCUCAAUAGCGGCGGCAAGAAAGACAAGAACUACUCCGCCAAAAAGAUCGCCUUGAAGAAGAUCGUCGCCAACAUGACUAUGAGCAAUAAUGAUAUGGUUGCGCUGUUCCCCGAUGUGAUCGACUGCAUGAAUUUGCCGAGCUUGGAGAUCAAGAAGAUGUGCUUCUUGUUCUUGGUCAACUAUUCGAGGAUGAAACCGGAAGUCGCGAUGAAAGCGCUACCGAUCCUAGUUGAUGAUAUGGAAGAUACUAACCCUCUCGUGCGCGCGCUCGCUUUACGAACCAUUUCCUACGUCCACGUGCGCGAGUUUGUUGAAGCUACCUUCCAACCACUGAAACGCCUGAUGCAAGAUAACGAUGCCUACGUUCGCAAGACGGCUGCUUUCUGCGUUGCGAAGCUGUACGAGCAUGACAAGAAGACGGUUGAGAAUUCCGAUCUGAUCGACCGGCUCAAUCGGAUGUUAAAGGAUGACAACCCGACCGUCGUCUCGAGCGUUCUGGCCUCGUUGUGCGACAUUUGGGGUCGUAGCGAAUCGAUCUCUCUCACCAUCGACUAUGUUAGUGCAUCGAAGUUGGUUUCGAUCCUACCAGACUGCUCUGAAUGGGGUCAAAGUUAUAUCCUUGAGGCCUUGAUGUCCUACGUGCCCCAGGACACCGCCGAGGCACUUCUGCUGGCAGAGCGAGUUGCACCGCGCCUAUCUCAUUCGAAUUCUGCUGUCGUUCUCACUUCUUGCAGAGUAAUUCUCUACCUUAUGAAUUAUAUCGCCGACGAAAAGCACAUCACCUCUUUAUGCCGGAAAUUAUCGCCACCGCUUGUUACUUUGCUCUCCAAACCUCCCGAGGUCCAAUAUUUGGCUCUGCGAAAUGCAAUCUUGAUCUUGCAGAAGAGACCGGAAGUCUUGCGCAAUGAUAUUCGGGUGUUCUUCUGCAACUAUAACGACCCGAUCUAUGUCAAAGUGACUAAGCUGGAGUUAAUGUUUAUGUUGACGACCAAAGAUAAUAUUUCGGUCGUCUUGGCAGAGCUUCGAGAAUAUGCCACUGAAAUCGACGUGCAUUUCGUUCGCAAGGCAGUGCGCGCCAUUGGAAAAUUGGCCGUCAAAAUUGAGUCCGCUGCAAAGCAAUGUAUUGACACCCUCUUGGAACUGGUGGACGCUAAGAUCCCGUACAUCGUCCAAGAAGCGACAGUGGUAAUCCGCAACAUCUUCCGCAAGUAUCCCAACCAGUACGAGAGCAUUAUCAGCCACGUGAUCCGCAACAUCGACGACCUUGAUGAGCCCGAGGCCAAGGCAGCCGUCAUCUGGAUCAUCGGUCAAUACGCAGACCGUAUUGACAACUCCGAUGGUCUCCUGCAGGACUACCUGGCCACAUUCCACGACGAAACUGUCGAAGUGCAGCUGGCCCUGCUUACGGCCACCGUCAAGCUGUUUAUCCAGCGGCCUACCAAGGGCCAACAGCUCGUCCCACAGGUUCUCAAGUGGUGCACUGAAGAGACAGAUGACCCAGAUCUCCGUGACCGCGGCUACAUGUACUGGCGUCUGUUGUCCACCGACCCAGCAACUGCGAAGCAGGUUGUCAUGGGCCAGAAACCUCCCAUCACGGCCGAGAGCGAGAAACUCGACCCGCGUACCCUAGAAGAACUUUGUCUGAACGUCGGUACUCUGGCCACCGUCUACCUCAAGCCUAUCCACCAGGUCUUCCGUGCCGCGCGUCCCCGCCGGCUACAACACAGUCCGGCCCUGCAACGGCUCCAGGUUGAAGACGGUACCGCCAGCAUGCUUGAAUACAACCCGCCUACCGCCAACAUGGCCUCUGCAUCAACCAGCAACAGCGGCCUGGCCACAAUCAUCACGACCGGCAACCCAAUCAGCCCCGUCAAUGCCCCUCCCGCUCCCACAUUCCCCGUCGGUCCUAGCGCAACCGGAACCGCGGCCGGCGCUGACGCUGUCAAUGCAGCAGACAACUAUUUCAACGGCAUUGGCUCGCAGCAAAUGGCCUCAAUGGAUCUCGGUGGACGCGGUAAUGGGGCAGGCAGCGGCGGUGCCCCUCAAUCGCAAUUUGUGGUCACACAGAACCAGCAGCAGGGAUAUCAACCGCAGUAUGCGGGUGGUGCUGCCACGGGCGAGUUAUUGCUGUUGUAG